UCUUACCCAUCAUAUCGGGGACCAAGUUCAACCUGCAGUCUAUUUCUCUAACGCAUAGUCUCACUACACAAGUUUAAUUCAGCCUCGACAGAAUUGAUCAGAUCUAUUGUAUCAUCGAACAUCAAUUCGAGGAUUUAGAUUUGAAUCUGGGAAUUUUGUUGAUUGAUUGGGUUAUUAUUUAAUGGCGUCGCCGGCAUCAUCAUCGCUAAACAAAAUAGAAAGAGCUCAUCAGAUGUAUCGAGAUGGACAACACGAGGAAGCAUUAGAGUUUUAUACUGAAGCACUUUCUAUGGCCAAAUCAAAAUCCCAAAAGAUAGCUCUUCACAGCAAUCGCGCUGCUUGUUUCUUAAAAUUACACGAUUUCAAAAAGGCAGCAGACGAAUGCACAUUGGUUCUAGAAUUGGAUCAAAGACACACUGGAGCAUUGAUGCUACGGGCACAGACACUGGUUACUCUUAGAGAAUAUCAUUCGGCACUCUUUGAUGUUAAUAGACUUAUGGAGCUAAAUCCAUCAUCUGAUGUUUAUCAUAAUCUACACUCACGGCUCAAGACCCAUUUGUCGCUGGCGCCAAUUCCUGAAUCCGAAGAAGAAAUAAUGGUGGCGGAGAUGGAAGAUCCUGACGAACUAGAAGAAGGGAGAGAUAUAGAAGAUCAAGUAGAAUAUGAAAAAGAAGAAGCAGAAAAGAAAGAAAAAGGAGUAGAAGUAGAAGAACCCGAAGAAGAAACGGAAGAGCUUGUGGCUGAAGAAACGGCAACAAAUAAGAAUAGCACAGAAAUUGUUCCUAGUCUUGAAGUUCCUGCCACGCAGGUUUCCAAGGACUUAGAUACUCCACAUUCCCAAGGAUGGCAGGCAAUUCCUAAACCGAAAGGGCACUCUAAUUUGGACUACUCACGAUGGGACAGUGUUGAAGAUGAUUCAAGUGAUGAUGAUGAUUCAGAUGAAGACGAUGACGAGGAAGAGUCUCAGCCUCAGUACCGGUUCCGUUUAAAAACUGUUGGAGUACGGCCUGUGAAGUGAAGUGUAGAUUAUGGAGGCACAUGAAACUUUGGAAUGACCACUAAACUAUUAUUGUUGAGUUGAAUGCUCUUCGGAUUUUCCCGAUUGAAUUGAGUCCAUUACUGUUGGGAUGAGAAGAUUGAGCAUGCUAACCAUUUAAAGUUGACUCUACAGAAGCUGCUACAAGAUUAUAUUUGACUACCACAUCUUCCUUGGAGAAGGCUCAGCUGUAGAGGUACAUCAUUAAAAGUGUUCUUGAAGGCUUGGAAGUUCUAAUUACCCAGAUCUCCUUUGGUCUGGGAACUCAUAGCUCAGAAAAUGUGUCAUUUUGUUGACCUAAAGGUUCCACAUGAACGAGAAGUGAACUCGCGUGAUACGAUUCAUCAUGACGUUUUAAUGCGUCUGCAUGUGGGUUCUAUUGUACUGACUUGGGUUUCUAAACUGCAGGCAGUUGCUUGGGUCAUCAUUGGAAUGUUGUCACUUGCAAGAUUUCAAGAAGAUUACCUGUUGUAGGAGUUUGAGUGUCAGCACUGCUAAUAUCAUUGUCUUCGGUGAAUGCAACAAAGGUCUGUAUGUUAUUUCAUUUUAGAAAUCAAUUUCUGGUAUAUAUUAUCAGCGAAUCUGCGUUGUCCAGUACUUUAGGUCUUUCCGUGAACAUUCUUGUUUUGGAUAUUCUUGCAUAGAAAUCUUUUCCCCAUCCCGUUCCUAACUUCAUAUCGGGUCACAACUCUCUUCAGAUGCCAAAAAGCAGAUUUGCUGUUGCAUCAAAAACGAUUGCUCGUGUAACAUAAACUAUACAAUCGGCAUUCAGUGUUGUCUGAGACUCCGAGUUAAGACAAUGAAAAGGAAUGACUGCAGUUGAAAUGAAGAGGCAGAAAAAAAGAUACCGAAGUGGGUAUCCUUUUUUCUUUUCUUUUUUUUGUGUGUGUGUGUGUAGAAGUGAUUGAUUUGGUUCAGUGUAUGGACAUCUUCUGUAAUGUGAUUAACAGACGGAAUGAUUUAAAAUUUUAGUUAUACACAUUUCUUGUUAUGGGUUC